CCGGGUUGUGAUGAGCUACCCGUGCCAGAGGCCGCGGCGGGCGCGGCGACGGCGGUGGCGGCGGCGGCGGCGGCGGGAGCGCUGGUGGGAGGAGGGGCUGCGGCAGCAGCGGGAGAGGACGAUGCAAUUAAGAAGAAACAGCAAGAUGUGCUUGGUUUCUUAGAAGCCAACAAAAUAGGAUUUGAAGAAAAAGAUAUUGCAGCCAAUGAAGAGAAUCGGAAGUGGAUGAGAGAAAACAUACCUGAAAAUAGUCGACCGGCCACAGGGUAUCCCCUGCCACCUCAGAUUUUCAAUGAAAGCCAGUACCGUGGGGACUAUGAUGCCUUCUUUGAAGCCAGAGAAAAUAAUGCAGUAUAUGCCUUUUUAGGUUUGACCGCGCCACCUGGUUCAAAGGAAGCAGAAGCCCAAGCAAAGCAGCAAGCAUAAUCCUUAAGAAUUCUUCCUUAAGCAUCCUGAGUCUCUAUUGCUUUUAUAAAAUAGCAAAAUUAUCUUGGCUUCAAAAGAAAUAGGCUUAAUGUUGACAUAAUAGAGUAGUGGUGUUUUUGCAUGCAAAUAAUACAAGUGAAUACAUAAUUAAAUAUAAGCUUUAUGGUGAGGAGAAUGGGAGAUGAACAUAAAAUUUUAAGUAGAUAUCUUAGGAUAGUAUGUUAUCUGCCAAGGCAUUUUAUGUACUUCAGUAAUUUUACAAAGAAAACAUCUUUUGUUAUUAUUACCACAGUCUAAAUAUAUCUGCGCUACAACAUUUAACAAUUUUAAAAGGAGAGAGACAAAGAGCGAGAGCAAGAGUGAGUAAGAGAGAGAGAGAGAAAAAAAUGUGUCUCUUAUUCUCAAAUUGCCUAAUUAAUUUUAGUGAAAAAGAAUAUGUACCUUUUUGAUGUGAUGUUUUUGUGAUUAUAAACAUUGUACUUUUCUGUGGUAAUUAUAACUUUCCCAUUCUUUUGUAGAUGAAGCUUCUGUGUACUGAACCAUAAAUUUUCCGUGCUUCUAAAUGUAGCCUUUCAUUGCAUAUUUCAGUGAUUAGAAUAGAUGACUUUCCACAAAGAAAAAGCAGUAGAUACAUACAGUUGACAAGUUCCUUGUUUAACUACACAGCUUUGAUAGAAUCAUGUUUCUAACUUGUUUGCCUCAGUGAAAUAAGAAUGUGUAUAUUACAGAAACGGGAUGGCAAAUUAGUUUUAAAUGGCAUCCUCUUUCAAAGAUCUCAGACUUUUAAUGAAAUAUUGUAAAAUAAGUUGACAGUCAUUGUCCAAGAUUGAUUUUCCUUGGGAUUUUGCUAAAAUAAAUUUUAGUGUUUCUCCCUCUUUAAAAGAACUUGUGAUCAUGAAUGUCACUAGCUCUCAGAUAUCUGACCUUUUAUUUUUGUUUAGGAAUAUAUCAUGUGAGUGUAUUAAUCUAAACAGAGAGAGAAUCUUUUCUAUGCAUCUAUUUCAGCAAAAAGCACAAGUAUCAGAUAAAGGGGACAACUCUUAAAAUAAACUUUCUAAAGACAUCUAGAAAGACAAGAAACAUGGCCCAAAUCACUUACACAGAAGAUAUGUAAUUGCAUACUACUUGAUUGCUAAAAACAAUCAAUUUUUACUUUAAGCCACUUUAUGGUGUCUAUUGCAUGCAAGUCUGUACUCUUUGCCAAAAUCAACAUACAAUGAAGAGAUGACUUUGUUUAUUGAUACGAUGCUUUAAAAUAAACUCAGUACUUUUAGA